UCCCUCCCGCCAUCUCCACCCCCACCCCUCCUCUUCUUCUUCUUCCCGCAGCGCCUCUCCCCUCUUCCUCUGACCGCUCCUAUAUAUAUGUUCCCCAUCACCACCGCAAGACUUCCCGAUCGAGAGAGAACCAGAGCGCAGGCAGACGCAGAGAGAUCGCCUUUCAGAGAGCGCUCAGCGGGGAUGAUCAGCAGCAGCAUGUCGCCGGCCGGGAGCAGGAGGAGGGAGCACAGGAGCGGGGGCGGCCGGUUCAGGGCGGAGAUCGAGAUGGACAGAGGGGUCUCUCUCCCCAGGAGCCCGGAGCAGGGGUUCGCCGCCGCCGUGAGAGAGCCGCUGGUGAGGCUGAAGCGGCCCAAGUACGACUUCGAGAUGUGGGAUUGGGGCUACUUCUCAUGGCCGCACGACCGUCUCGACGCCAACCUGGAGAUGAGGGACAGCGACCCGAGGGCGACAUUCGAGGCGGACCGCAAGGUGAUCGACGGCUUCCUGAGCCGGAGCACGCUGCAGAUAGAGGCCAGCGAGGGCUUCCGGAGCCGGAGCACGCUGAAGCGAGAGUCCAGCAAUGACUUCCAGAACCGGAGCACAGUGCAGCCAGAGUCCGGCGACAACUUCCGGAGCCAGAGCACACUGCAGCUAGAGUCUAGCAAUGGCUUCCGGAGCCAGAGCACACCGAAGCUAGAGAUCGACGACGGCAUGCCCUUUGGAGGCGGUGCGCUGCGGCGUUGGGGGUGCGCCGAGUCCAACCCCUUCCUGCUGGGGCGUGGCGAGGCGCUCCUGCAAGGCCCAUGUGCAUACUAGCAUAUCGCCAGUCCCUGCUGUAACGCACCCGCGCUUGUAUAUACCCUUGUUUGCAAAUUGCAAUGCACCGAUAGUUCAAUAGAUCAUAGGAUGAAUGAUGCAUCUGGCUCUGGCAUCAGCAUGCUGAUCAGGAUACAGUAGGACUAGCAUCCCAGUCAGUCCAGAACUUGUGAGAGAAGAUAUUUUUGGUUCAGAACUGUGAGAUAGACACUUUCUGUAUAGUGGAGAUUUGUAAAUGCUCAUGUAAACUCUCCAGGAGGAAAAUUUUGGUUCAUAACUGUGAGAUAGACACUUUCUGUAGAGAUUUGUACAUGCUCAUGUAAACUCUCCAGAAUUCACUGGCUCUUCCGAAUAAAGCUUUCUCCAUAGUAGUAUACUAAGCA